AUGGACCCGCAAAUACCAACAGUGAUGGAAGACCCCAUCAUGAAUGGGAUCCCCCGCGGCACGUCGACCGAGAAGGAGACCAGUAUCGAACGGCCCAAGAAACGUCAAAAGGUCAGCGCAGCUUGCGACCGGUGCAGAAGCAAGAAGACAAAGUGUGACGGAGUUCGACCAGUGUGUAGCCCUUGUCGAAGGCGACAGCAGACGUCGACCACCUGUACCUGGGGUUCUCGAAAGGUUCGAGGAAGCAGCACAUCACGGGAAUAUCUGUUCAGACUGGAGCAAAGGCUACAAGAGCUUGAAAAUGAACGACGGACAUUGCAGACACCAGCCCGGGAUUAUAUGUCUCCAAAUGUCUCUGAGGAACGGAUUGACGAUGACGACGACGACGACGAGCAGAAUAACGCCAUGUUGGGAUUGAUACAAGAGAAGACUGGCCGGAGACUGCCGAUACAUGGCGACUCGAGUGUCAGCAGCUUCAUGAGCCACAUCAGAAACGUGCUCGAUCACCACCUGGCGUCUCGCGCUGCCAGUGUUGAACCCAAUCAGACGGCCGACAUGGUUCAACCUCAACUAGUCACGACCAUGGGUGACCAGAUUUCUCACGUAGAUGUGGUUCUGCCUCCCCGCCGAAGGGCUGACCAUCUUCUUGACGUCUACUGGAGAUGCAUUGAUCCGUUGUAUCCAUUCCUGGAUCGAGAUCAGAUGGAGUCAAUGUAUCGACGCUUGUGGGCCGGGGAAAAUCUUGGCGAAGACACCAAGAUGUUCAUUAGCCUCCUCAACGUGGUAUUCAGUCUGAGCUGCAACCUGAACCCCCGGAUGGAGCCCGAGGAAAGGGGCUCGAAUGCGGCCGUGUUCUACCGACGCAGUCAAGCACUCCUCGACUUCUCAGACCUCCAGAAUCGCUCAGUCCUGGCCGUACAGUGCUUUCUUUUAUCUGGGCAGUAUCUACAAAGCACAAACAAGUCACAGCAAUGCUGGAUGUCGAUUGGUAUGGCCAUCCGAGUAGCUCAGAGCAUCGGCCUGGAUUUGGUAGCGACGAGCGCCGAGGCACCCACGACAACUAUCAGGGAGACGAUGCGAAAGGUCUGGCACGGCUGCAUCCUUAUGGAUAGGGCUCUUUCUAUGACAUUCGGCCGACCACUGAUGAUCACCCCGCAGGCGGCGACAGCAGUCCCCAUGCCGCUGGUACAUAAUCAUGAGGGCCUUUGCAGCUGCCACUCCAUUCCAUUCAGCUUUGAUGUCGCACAUGAGCGCGAUCUGCACUUUUUCACUGAAGCCCUCAAGCUAUAUGAACUCAUGGGUGAGGCGCUACUCACGGUAUACGACGCUUCAGCUGUUGAGGAGGCAGUCAAAGUCGACGAAUAUGCCGUGUACUUUGGCAGCCAAGCGGCCAGGAUCGUAGGUCAGGUUUUCGAAGUUGACGACAAGCUCCAGCGUUGGCAAAGGUGUCUUCCUAUUCAUCUUCGCAAUGACCCAGAUGCUCCCAAGUCGAUUAUCCACAAGCGUCAGAGCCAUAUUCUAUUUCUUCGUUUCCACCACACUCGCAUUCUACUGUUGCGUCCCAUUCUGUCACGGUUCUGUGCUAGACAGGACCACGGCCGGGCAGGCUUCUCAGAGACGGUGCCCUGGAAGAUUGCUCUUCACUCAUCUGUCAGUUGUGUGAGGGCAGCCUUGGAAACUGUCGAGUUCUACGAGUCCAGCAUUGGAAACCGAAGUAUCCAAGACUGCGAGGACUUGCUGCCUGCCUGGUGGUAUAGCACCUUUUACAUCUACAGCGCUGCUACAAUUCUCGUAGCCGCACAGUUACACCCUGCGCUGACGGCCGAAGUUGGACCAAAGAGGAUUCUGGAUGGGUGCCGAGCCAGCAUCAAACUUCUCACAUCGUUCCAGAGGUUCGGGGACCAUGCCGUGAGAUGCGCGACUGCCAUUGGCAUCCUUCUGGGUCACGUCCAAAGGAGGCAGAAGGGUCUAACACUGCAGAAGCGGCGAGGGGAACUAGCUGAGCUGGAUCAAUCCGAGUCUCUCGCAGAGGAGAGGGGACCAGACGAUGCAUGCGAGCAUCUGGGGAACCAGAGAGCAUACCAAGCAAGCCUGACAAAGCAGUCUAUGCACAGCUUUGACGCCAGUAGAGAAGGUGCAAGCCAUACUACUUUCAUGAAUUCUACUCCUAACGAGAUCAAGUCUUUGGAUUUUGGGUUGACCAUUCAUACUGAUGUGAUGGAAGGUUUAGCAGCGAUCGACGGGCUGAUGGCGAUUGACUUUGAGGGUUUCAACUAUGAACUGGAUUUUGACGAUUUGUCUUGGCUUAAUAGCAUACCCGCGCAACUAUACGAGAACUAG